GGGACGAUAGGCACAUGCGCAAGAGUGCGUCCUCGCCCCCGCCCCCUCUUCCGCGCGGACCCUACCCGUCCCGGCUCUGUCACCUCACAGUAGUCGUUGCCGGUGGCGGGUGCGGAGCCGCGUGCAGCUCAGGGCCGCCUUUCCCCCGCCCCUCAGGCCGGGCCUGGGCUCGGUCCCCCCGCUCCCUCCGUUCCCCACCCCCGUCGGGUACGGGAAGGUCCAAGCCGCUGCCGGGUGCCUGAGGGACUUCGUGGCAGCCGCCGCCACGGGUCCCGAUGGAGCCGCCGAAUCUCUAUCCGGUGAAGCUCUACGUGUACGACCUGUCCAAGGGCCUGGCCCGGCGGCUCAGCCCCAUCAUGCUGGGGAAACAACUGGAAGGCAUCUGGCACACCUCCAUAGUUGUGCACAAGGAUGAGUUCUACUUCGGCAGUAGCGGUAUCUCCAGCUGUCCCCCAGUGAGUGGCUUCCCCCACACCCUUCCCCAGUCUCAGGGAGGGACAUUGCUUGGGCCCCCAGACUCUGUGGUUGAUGUGGGGAGCACAGAAGUCACAGAAGAACUCUUUCAGGAGUACCUGUCCUCCCUGGGGGAGUCUCUGUUCCGGAGAGAGGCCUACAACGUCUUUGAAAACAACUGUAACACCUUUACCAACGAAGUGGCACAGUUCCUGACCGGAAGGAAGAUCCCUUCUUACAUCACUGACCUUCCCUCUGAAAUUCUAUCCACGCCCUUCGGACAGGCCCUGCGGCCCUUCCUGGACCCCGUCCAGAUCCAGCCUCCUGGAGGGAGCCCCGUGGGCCGACCCAACGGCCAGAGCUAACAGGACUGCAUGGGACCGCCCUGCCUCACAGGGGCUUUUCCUUUUUAAACAAAACAAACCCUACCAGAUUUCUAUUUUAUAAUUUUACAUCAGAUCUAACAACCAGGGGAUGGCUUUUUAAAUUUCCCAGGGAAGGAGAUCAUCAGGCUGCAUGUAGGACAAUGCUGCUAAGAAACAGAACAAAAUGCCAUCCCUUCUAAUAGUAUUAUACUAAUUUAUUAAGGCUGUCUUGUCUGUGAGUUCACUUUUGACGCUGCUUCCUGAGCGUCCUCCACACUGGAGAAAGGGAGGGGGUUUGUUUAAGCAGAAGGCAAGAGGCACAGCUUGGGGGAGCCCUGACCUAGCACCUCUUUCCAGAGAACGCCCGUGCUCUACCCAGGUUGUCACCACCUGUGGGACCCGGGUGAGUUUUACGACAUCCGUGGAACAGCAGUUGCAACAUUCCGGAAGCAGUUACUCCCUGGUUUUUAAAAGAACCAAAGGACUUGGUGCACCUGGGACCAGCUUCAGGAGGACUAAUCCAACCUAAGUGAAUUCUGUAGCCGCAACCUCUCACCUUCCCUCCCUACCCCAAGCAAGGCCAUGGGGCCAGGCCUGGAGCAACCAGAAGCCUCAGGAUCAAGAGAGAGUGACAGCAAGUGUCAGGCCAGAGAGUACAGGAUAAAGCCAUUCUUCCUUCCGCCUACUGAUUGCCAAUCCUCUGACAUCAGUUUUGGAGAACCUGCCUUGCUGCCUGUGGGCUGCUCUUCCUCAGCAGCCUGACCUUCCUCCUGACCUGUCAUAGUUGAUGAAGAUUUGGGCUGGAGCGGCAGAGACCCAGGCCUUUUGUCUGCAAGUAAUAAUGUAGGUUUUUAUCAGUCACUGUACCCCCCCCACCCCCCAAACCAGUAUGCAAUAUUCAGCUAGGGACCAAGGGGAAGGGAUUCCCUGCUCUGGGAAAAUAUCCCUGAUGUAGAAAUAAUAAUAAUGCAGAAUCAAGGUGGCAAGAAAAUUUGGAGUUGUUUCCAAUAGAGAUUUUUUUACAUUAUCCUCAAUGUGUUUUGAAGGCACAUGUUAUUUCCGUUGUCGUUCUGACUUUAAGGAUGCAUUGUUGAGAGCCUGCCUGGGCAUUUUCCUAAUGAGCUGCUGCUGGAGCUUAUAGGGAGGAACAAUCCAGACCUUUCUUCUCUGGAGAGGCUCUCAGAUUCCUUUUCUUCACAUGCCUCCCUUAAGUUAGUUUUUGGGGAGUGAGUGUGGUGAAGGGACUUAGAACUGCCGGGUCCCUGAGUCCCAGCCCUGGCAUCUGUAGGCCCCUCCUGCCACAGCUCCUGCCACUUCUCAGACUUGAAUUACGUUCUCUUUCCGGGGUCUGGCCCGUAGCAGGUGCCUUUGCUUUCCAAAAAGCUGCUGCUCACCUCUGGCCUCAUCUCCUCCUGUCUCUGCCAUUCGUCACAGCAGUUGGCACCAUCGCGGUCUCAGCUAGAUGAAAAGACGGUUUUCUGCCUUAGUGUUGGCCUGUGACCUGACCAGGGGCACCUCCACAGUGACCAGCUGUGAUGUCAAAGGACAUUUUGGAGAGCAGAAACCAGCAGAGACUGUUAUUUAAUGUGGUGGAUCUACUGGCGGAAUUGGGCUCAUGGAGAAUAGGUUUCAGGCUGGAUUUCUCCCAGGAGGGCAGCUCGUUGGCGGAGGCCUUCGCCCCGCCUUCCACCCAGUUUCUCUCCUUUUCCGCUUGCCUCGCCUAGCCCUCUCUUCCAGGCUCCUGCUCCAGACCUCUCCUCCCAGAACUCUCAGCUCUAUCCAGAAGGCACUGGGCAUCACAGGCUCCUCCCCGCCUUCUCCCCCAUAUCCAGGCUCAGCUGGCUUCACUCCUAAUAGCAGUCUCUCCAGACCCAGGAGAAGUUAGCCAAAGUAGCUACCCUGAGAGACUGAGUCACUGGGUUCAUCGAAAGCCCCCCUCCAUGCCAGCAGCCAUCUGUGCCAAUGCCUGUGCCCUAGGGAUUGUGGGGGGAGAUGGAGGGAUCGCCCAGCUGUCUCGUCAGAGCUCUCCAGGAAGGCACACUCUUUCUCCCCAUCCCAGGCCCACCGUCACUCAUUUGGGAAGCUUGGGCUCAGGCUACGACCCCCAACCCCAUCCUGACAUUUCUCGGUCAAGAGCAGAACCCCAGGAGCCUGCUCAUUGUGACCAGCUAGCUCCACACAGGUGUGCGAGGUGAGCAGAGUGGGAAAUGAGCCAUGUGUGUAAUCGUAUCCUACCGUGGACACCUCCAUGGAGGUCCGUUGGCUUAAAGGGACAGGGAAGGAGGAGGGAUGAGACCAUCACCCCCUCUCCAAAACAAAGCUGUACCUUUGAGAUUCCUUUGUGCCCUUGAAGUCAAACUGUCUAGUACGGAGGUGUUUGCUGGUGUUCUUUGGUGUUUUUUCUAACGCAAUAAACUCAUUUCUGCCUGCUG